AUGUCAUUCAGCCGUUUGUUUGUGAACAGGUGCAUUCUUUAUUUUCAAAAACAAAAGCCCAUAAUCCUGGACUCUGCCCAAGAUCAAAGUCGAUCAGCAAUAGUACCAUAUAAUAUGUCCAUUGUGAGAAGUGGCGAAAGACGUUUCACAUUGUACACUGCGAAAAAUGGAAAAGUCUCUCGGUAUCCAGUGCAAGACGAAAGUCAGGAUGCAUUUCCAUUGUAUGGAGACUCAGGAUCCGAGGGUGAGUUUGACGAAGAGACUUGGCAAGAAAUUGAAGACGAAAACCCAGGAGGAUGGUCUCAGAAACCCUCUAAACUCACACCUACGGAGAAAGAAUCUGUAAUCAGAGAUUGUGUCUCCCAAUAUGAGAGCAAAUGGCUUGAUUCUUGCUUUCCAAAAGAAAAACCAAAGGCACGCAAGCUCUGGUUAAAAGCUAAAAAGGGGAGAUUUACCAACCAAGAAAUUAAAGGGCUCGUUCAAAAGAUUACAUCUCUAAACAAGCGUCUUAGGAAACUGGAGGACGCAGUCCGUGAAAAAUGCAUUGACCUCACAGAAGACUCCCCGGCACUCGAUAAUGAGGAGUAUAGGGUUGAGACUCCCCCCCUAAACCCAGUGUCGCGAUCGAUAACGCAACCUUUCGAUAAUCCUAUCAAAUCUGAACGGAGCUGCUCAAUUUCCCCUGAACCGUACCUUGGUCCCAGAGUGACGGUCGAGAUUCCAGUUUAUAAAACGAAGCACCCGAACCUUUUCAAACCCAGGAAGCGGCCGAGUCUCCCUGAUAUACACGACAUUGACAAGCUUGUGUCGGUGCCUUGGGAUUUACUAGAAGAGCGACAAGACCGCCGGAGACUAUUAGCAAAACUGAUUGCAACCCUCUCUAAUGAAGAACGAAAUAAGUUGGCUCAGGCACAACUCACAGGAACUGGUCUAAAGACCUUGCUGAAGAAUCAAGAAAUCAUUCCAGAACUCGAGGACGCUGAGAACCGCGUGGUCAUGCGUAUCACUUCCUUUUAUAUCUCGUGGAUAAACUGUGUCCACCUUCCGUCGGAAGGAAUCCAGAAGAACCUUGUGCUCAACGCUCAAUCUCAAAUCAGCAGCUUUGUCACAUACUUCAACGAACUUUGCGCGCGCCUCGAUGAAUACCGCAAGAAGAAAGGUUCCAAGAUGCAUCGUCUCAAUGAAAAGGAACGCAAGAGAGAGGUCAAGGAAAGCCAAAAUGCGAAAAAGAGUCAGCAGAGCGCACAGCUUCGUGUCGCGCUGCAAGAGAAGCAGAGAAAGCUCCUCGAAAGGAAGAUAGGCAGCACUAACACUGAUCCUACACGUCAAGCAGUCAGCUUCGGAAAUCCUGCUAUUUAUCUAGACCCUCAAAUUGGCUUGCGUGUCAAGCCCCACCAAUUGAAUGGUGUUCAAUUCAUGUGGCGAGAGUUGAUAGAAGAUGAGAACAAGCAAGGUUGCCUGCUCGCUCACACAAUGGGCUUAGGGAAAACAAUGCAGGUUAUAUCGCUCCUUGCAACAAUAUCUGCGGCAGCAUCUUCCGAUGAUCCUAAGAUACGGCAACAGGUUCCUGCAGCUUUCCAUAGAUCUCAAUCGCUGAUUCUGUGCCCAUCGUCGUUAAUUGAAAAUUGGUAUGAUGAGUUUCUCAUGUGGGCUCCUGUACAAUCGGGCAUCGGGCCCUUGAGGAAAAUAACAACUUCCGCCACAAUGCCAGAGAGGCUACAGGAGGUGUGUGACUGGAAUGAGGAAGGCGGGGUGCUUAUCAUGAGCUAUGACAUAUUUCGGACGUGGAUCCUGAACAGGGAGACAAAUAAAAGGGGAAAGCCCUUGAAUGAUAGUGAUUAUGGCAAGGUCAGAGAUUGCCUUCUCGAAGGACCUAACAUUAUUGUUGCCGACGAGGCCCACAAAAUGAAAAACCCAGCCACUGGCAUCUCGCAAAGCGCCAUGCAGUUCCGCUCUAAAAGCCGCAUUGCCCUAACUGGAUCCCCUCUUGCGAACAAUCUUAUCGAUUACUAUGCGAUGAUCAACUGGAUUGCGGAGGGCUACCUUGGCGAAUUCGUGGAGUUCAAAGCAAAAUUCGUGGAGCCUAUAACGGAGGGACUUUAUGUAGACAGUACGUACACAGAGAGGAGAAAGUCUUUGGUGAAGCUUCAAGUCCUCAAAGAAAUCCUUGCUCCAAAGAUCAACCGUGCCGAUAUCUCCGUGCUCGCUGGCAGUUUGCCAACCAAAGUCGAGUUCGUCAUAACGGUUCCCUUGACGGACCUACAGAAACAAGCAUAUGAUUCAUAUGUGGAGAGUAUAUUGCAAGGGAAAGGCGCUUUCGGCAGUGCGCAGCUAUGGUCCUGGCUUGCGAUUCUGAGUCUAUGUUGCAAUCAUCCGUCGUGUUUCAGAGACAAACUACUAAGCCGAGCAAGCGAUGCACAGAAAAUAAACAAGAGGCUAGAUGAUAUGGAGAUGAUCCCCGGCGAUGAACCUAUCGCGCAGGCAGGCCUUCCAGAUUCGGAGAAGCUGGUUUCAGAACAAGAACGGAUCUUUGCUACAGUCCCUGACAUAAAAGCCUUAGAAAUGUCUCAUCGGGCGCGGAUCAUGAAUUUGAUAAUCGACGAAUCUAUCAGAGUGGGUGACAAGGUCCUAGUUUUCUCACACAGUAUCCCAACGCUCAACUACAUUGAGUAUGUUCUUCAAUCAUCAAACCGAAAGUACUCUCGGCUAGAUGGACGAACUCCCGUUGUGACUCGACAAGAUGCGACAAAGAGAUUCAAUCGUGGCUCUGAACAGCAAGUAUACCUAAUCUCAACGCGCGCAGGAGGGCUUGGCUUAAACAUUCCUGGAGCGAACCGUGUUAUCAUUUUCGACUUUAAAUUUAGUCCGGUAUGGGAAGAGCAGGCUGUUGGACGGGCCUAUCGCUUGGGCCAGCAGAAACCAGUUUUUGUCUACCGUUUCAUUGCCGGUGGUACCUUUGAGGAGGUUAUGUAUAACAAGGCUGUCUUCAAGACCCAACUUGCUUUCCGUGUUGUCGAUAAGAAGAAUCCGAUUCGUUGGGCACAGAAGUCACUUGGUGAAUAUCUUUUUCCAGCCAAACCGGUCCCUCAAAAACCCAUCGCCGAAUAUCUGGGGAGGGAUCCACAAGUCUUAGACAAGAUCAUCAUGGGUGACAACGGCGAGGAGAAGUCUAUCCGCAAUAUUGCCCUCACUGAAACGUUCCAGAAGGAAGACAAUGACAAAUUGACAGAGGAAGAGAGACAGGGCGUCCAGCAGCAAUUAAGUGACGAGCGCCUUAAGCGCACUGACCCGGAGGCUUACCAAAGGUUAAUAGUGGAUAGACAAAGGCAAUCUUGGACUGCAGGCCAAGUUCCGGCUUGGAUCCCAUCGUCAUACACGCAACCAGCUCUCAUGCAACCAGCUCCCAUGCAAUCAACUCCCGUGCAAUCAGCUCUUACGCUGCCUCAACCACCUUAUAUGCAGCCAACAGUUCCAUCAAGCGCUCACAACACUGGGCCUCCCGCUCUAGCACCAGACAUGAGCGUUUACCAAGAGCCUUCUUGGACACCGAUGCCCUCAACAUCCGCAGCCGCGAUAAGUUCAACUUCAGGAAUAUACUCUUCGCGCUCUGCUCAGAGUGAACCACCUAACGAAAGUACCGCACUCUACAUCCCUUUCAGGCUUUCACCUGCCAGGAGCCUGGGACAAGGCAGUACACAGACAGCUACGCAAAUGGAUGGUACCAGUUUCGACACAAAUGUCCAGCAACCUGAUAUAACCGCGUAUACGGCCCAUACUGAGCCCCCGCAAUCAAGUACAUCAUCAGACGAUAAUUCCGAGCAUCCUUGCCGCCAGCAGUGA